AUGGAAGCUUCUUUCAAGAAGACCUUCAACUCCAUGUGUCAAAACAAACGACAUUUGCCAUUUAAUCUCCCUGCCCUCUCCAGUGAUAUCGUCAUUGGAGAAUUUGUGUCUACUAUAUAUCCUGAAUGGUCUUUGCUCCAUUUUAUGGAACCUCCGGAAGGAUCUUUGAAAGGAUGGUCAUUGCCUAAAAACUUCCAGCAUGUCCUAGCCUUCAGUUUUGCCAUUCAGGAGAUCAACAGGAAUGAGAACUUGUUACCCAACAUCACCUUGGUCUCCAAGAUAUAUGAGAAUGGUUUUCAGGCAAUGAGAGCCUCUGAGAGCCUUUUCACUCUCUUCUUUGUGGAAGGCCAGUGUCAGCUCAACUACAGAAAAGGAAAGGACCAAAACGUCAUGGCUGUCAUUGGUGAUCUCCCUUCCCAAAACACCAUCCAGAUGGCCAACAUCUUAAAUGCCUACAAAGUUCCACAACUUCGUUUAUCUCUGGAAAACCUCCAUUUCAACAAUAGUGCUGGGGAAGAAAUAGUGUUCAAUGAGAAUGGAAACGUUGCAGCAGCAUAUGAUAUCAUCAACUUGAUUACUUUCCCCAAUCGAUCCUUUCAGAAGGUCCAAGUUGGAGGUAUUGAACCUCAGCGUUCUCAAAAGGAAGAUCUCACCAUAAAUACAACUGCCAUUGUAUGGAAUCCCAAAUAUAAGCAGACACCACCUUCUUCCACCUGUGUAGAAAGCUGCCAUCCUGGGUACCGGAAAUUGAUUAAGGAGGGGAAACAGGUUUGCUGCUAUGAUUGUGUUGAGUGUUCAGAGGGAAGCAUUUCCACCAUGAUUGAUUCCAAGCAAUGUGAGAGAUGUCCAGAAGAACAAUAUCCAAAUGAGAAACACCAUCAAUGUAUUCCCAAAAUUAUGGCCUAUUUAUCGUACAAUGAAAUCCUGGGAGAAAUCCUGACUGGCUUUGCUGUUUCUUUUGCUGUCAUCACAGUUGUGGUGAUGGGGACAUUCAUCUUCCACCAGAACACUCCCAUCGUCAAAGCCAACAACUGGGAUAUCACCUGCGCCCUGCUUGUCUCGCUCCUGCUGUGUUUUCUUUGCUCCUUCCUCUUCCUCGGAUGUCCAGGAACAGUCACAUGUCUGCUCCGACAAGCAGUUUUUGGAGUUGUCUUCUCCAUUGCGGUGUCUUGUGUCUUAGCCAAAACCAUCACUGUGGUUUUGGCCUUCAUGGCCACAAAGCCAGGGAACCGCAUGAGGUUGUGGGUGGGAAAAAGGCUGUCCGUCUCAGUCAUUGCUUUUUGCUCCCUUAUUCAAACAAGCAUCUGUACUGUCUGGUUGACCAUUUCUCCUCCUUUCCCAGAGUUGGACAUGCAUUCCCAGGUGGAUGAGAUCUUAGUGCAGUGCAACGAAGGCUCAGAGAUAAUGUUUUAUGUUGUACUGGGCUACAUGUGGCUUCUGGCCCUCAUCAGCUUCACGGUGGCCUUCUUUGCCCGGAAGUUGCCCAACACUUUCAAUGAAGCCAAGCUCAUCACCUUCAGCAUGCUGGUCUUCUGCAGCGUUUGGGUGUCCUUUGUGCCCACCUACUUGAGCACCAAAGGGAAAUCCAUGGUGGCUGUGGAAGUCUUCUCUAUCUUGGCCUCAAGUGGUGGCUUAUUAGGUUGCAUUUUCCUGCCCAAGUGCUACAUUAUCAUGCUGAGGCCAGAGCUGAAUAGCAGAGAGCAGCUAGUUAGGAAAAAGACUGGUGUGAUAUCAAGGGAGCAUGAAUGA